UUGCCAUGAGUGGGAAGUCGCUGCUGCUGAAGGUGAUUCUCCUGGGCGAUGGUGGCGUUGGGAAGAGCUCCCUCAUGAACCGCUACGUCACCAACAAGUUUGACUCUCAAGCUUUCCACACCAUCGGGGUGGAGUUCCUCAACCGGGACCUGGAAGUGGACGGGCGCUUUGUGACCCUCCAGAUUUGGGACACGGCAGGCCAGGAGCGCUUCAAGAGCCUGCGGACCCCCUUUUACAGAGGGGCAGACUGCUGCCUGUUGACCUUCAGUGUAGACAACCACCAGAGCUUUGAGAAUCUGGGCCACUGGCAGAAGGAGUUUGUCUGUUAUGCCAACGUGAAGGAUCCUGACCACUUCCCUUUCGUUGUGCUGGGCAACAAGGUAGACAAGGUGGAGAGGCAGGUGACCACCGAAGAAGCCCAAGCCUGGUGCUUGGAAAAUGGAAAUUACCCCUACCUGGAGACCAGUGCCAAGGACGACACAAACGUGGCCGUGGCCUUUGAAGAAGCUGUUCGGCAGGUGUUGGCUGUGGAGGAGCAGCUGGAGCACUGCAUGCUGGGCCACACCAUUGACCUUCACUCUAGUGCCAAGUCGGGGUCUUCGUGCUGUUGAGAGCAGCCAUGCAACAGAAGCCAGAUCCUGGAACCAGGCACCCCGCAGUAGAGGUUCUGGAGAAGGCCCUUAGAAUGUAGCCAGA